CAGCCCGCCUCCCCGUUGCCUCACACGUUGCGCUGCUUGGUCUCUGGCCGGCGCCCAACUGUGAAGGCAACAGCACCAUCCCCAUGAUGCCGGGCCACACGAUACCGCCUGCCGUCCCUUUCCACCCGGGGGGAAGGCGGCAUGGCGACCACCACCAAUACUAUCAGCCUCCUCCCCAGGCCCAUUCGCCUGUGCACCACAAUCCCUACGCCGCCUACCCGCACCCGCACUAUGCUCCGCUCGCGUCGCCCUAUGCUCCGCAGCCGCAAUGGUACGGCAUGAACCCAUACGCUCAGCCGCAACACCAUCAGUAUGCGAUGCCGCCGCGACAGUUCCAGCCCCUUGCAUCGCCGGUCGUGGUUUCCUCGCACCCGCACAUGGCCCACUUGCCGCCCGUAAACCGCGCCAUGGGGCAGACGCCGCCCAUUGUACAUUCACACACACCCCCCGUCGCGCGCAUUCCUACACCCCAGCGGACGCCCCAGCCUCUGCCUUCGACUCCGUCUGUUCACUCGCAGCAGGCGCUGGUGUCCUCGCCGACCCCGCCAACCACUACGGCCACAGCAACUCCGCCGCCCACGACUCCUUCGGUGACUUCGACGACUACGAGCGCAGCGCCCAUCUCCAUGGGGACGUAUAUGCCGUUCUACCCGCCACUGCCGUGGCUCUCGGUCGCUGAUGCGGAUUUCCCUCCGCGCGCAUCACAAAAGAAGCGGAGGAGGAGAGCUCCGGUACCGGCGCAGGAGGACGACCUUGCCCUGCCGUCACGCGAGCAAGUGGUCGACGUGGAAGAGGCUCACGGUACAAAGGAAAUAGCUGACGAUGCCGACCACACAUCGACCGAGGGGCCAGAGGAGUCACAGGCCUCGACCAUGGCUCCCGCUUCCGAGGCCACCACCGAUACCCCGCAGUCUUCACACCCUCCCUCAGAGGUCGAAUCUACACGACCAUCAAUGUUGUCUCCGGGUAUGCCUGCUCAACCUGCUCGCGCCUCCCAAGGCACGCAUGCCCGCACUCAGACGAAGCCUGCUGUGCCUCUGAUCCCUAUCAAGGCUGCAAAGGCACCUAGCGUCACGUCAACCACACAGAAGUCGGUCAAGUCAUCAGACAAGGAGAACAAGUCAGAGACAGCAGUGCCUGCUACUCCUGGACAAGAGACCAACGGCACCGCUGAAGAAACACCAAAAGCUUCACCGCCACCGAAAGCAGCACCUGGGUCAUGGGCCUCACUUCUUAGAACGAAGAACAAUGCCGCCGCAGCCAAAGCCCCUGCCGUUUCCAACGGUGUCGCCCCUACAAGUGGUCCUCCAGCGCCCAAGAGCAACUCUCUCGGUGACGUCCUCGCAUCCUACUCUGUCGAUUCGCAUAAAAAGAUUUCUUUCCUCGAACCCCGUGGCCUUGUAAAUACGGGUAAUCUGUGUUAUAUGAAUUCUAUUCUUCAAGUUCUUCUUUUCUGCGUACCCUUCUACGACUUUUUGGAUCAGUACGCUAAGCGCGUCGUCCAUAGCUUCAAGUCCGAAACUCCUCUUGUGGACGCCAUGAUCAUGUAUAUGCGCGAUUUUAAGGUCAUUGAUUCGGCUGAAUCCGUCGAGAAGCUCCGCAUGCGCUUGAAGGAUAAUGAACUGGAACAGUACGGCGAGCCUCUCACUCCAGAAUACGUAUACGACGUCAUCCGGCGGCUGCCUCGCUUUGAAAACAUGAAGCGAGGUCAACAGGAGGAUGCGGAAGAGUUCUUGGGUUUCUUGCUCGCCGGUCUUCAUGAUGAAUGUGCCCACGUUAUUAAGAGCUCGAGGACCUCGAACGGAGACGCCUCGGUGACUUCGCCAACUACCGAGCGUUCAGGAUCUGUCGACGGAGGAUGGCUCGAGGUCGGACCGAAACAGAAGGCUUCCCUCACACAGUCAUCAGGAGCUGUCGAUAUUGAGAGUCCACUCACAAAGAUCUUCGGCGGCAAGAUUCGUUCCGAAUACAAAAGACCGGGCGAGAAACCGUCCGUAACGCUAGAGCCUUAUCAGCCUCUGCAGCUGGACAUUGGCUCACCAAACGUCAACAACAUUACCGAUGCGCUCAAGGGACUGACUCACUUGGAGACUUUGGAUGGCGCUACCCGGGGCGCACGUGCUUCCACCAAGCAGAUGUUCAUUGAGACUCUGCCACCGGUACUUAUACUUCACCUCAAGCGUUUCCAUUACGAUGUCAAUGGACCCCAGAAGAUCUGGAAGAAGAUUGGAUACCCGCUUGAGUUGGAUAUUCCUAAGGAGGUGUUCCCGCAGCACAAGCGAUCAACUUUCGGUACACGCGGCGCACCGCGCUACCGAUUGAUUGGUGUGGUCUAUCAUCAUGGAAAGAACGCAAGCGGCGGUCACUACACCGUCGACCUUCGCCGACAGGAAGGCCGCGAAUGGAUUCGCGUGGACGAUACGGUCAUCCGCCGUAUCCGUGCAGAAGACGUUGCCGAGGGCGGUGCUGAAGAAGACCCCAAGGUCCUUGCCGCCGCGCUCGAGCAGCACAAGAACGAUGGAGGCGCUGCGACAAGGAAGAACUUCUUCGAGCAGAUUGGUGACGAUGCAGAGUCGGACCGCGGCGGCUGGAGCCAAGUCAACGGCUCAGAAAGCAAGAAGGAGAAAAAGUGGACCGGAGUGGUCAACGGCACGGCGACGCCUAGCUCGGCAGGAAAGCGGACGCCGUUGCCCAAGGAAAAUGUGCGGGACAACAAGGUUGCGUACAUUCUUUUCUACCAGCGCAUCGAGUCUUGAAGGCCGCGAGCCUCAGGACGCGCUUGUACGCUCGAUGAGAUCUAUAUGGCGUCGCUUUCCGGGUAAUGGGGUUGGCGAUACAUCAAAAGUUUCUUCGGGCAUUUGCAUAGGCACAUGCAUUGGCGGGCUAGCGUUCAUAACGGGUCUCUGUCGGUUUGACGAGGGACGGGUAACGCAUUUGCAUGAGU